AUGUUUCACUUCAUUAAAGAGGUCUACAGCCAUGUGUUCUACGACUCGGAGUACCACAUUCUUAUUAUCGGUGAUGAAUCAAGUGGCAAGACGACGUUUUUGGAGCAGGUAAAGUACAUUUACCGCACGGACCCCCCCUACCCGAACCACGCCCCCUCUUUUUUUUCGAAAAUUUUCCGCUCAGGCGGGGAGGUGGUCGCCCCUCCAAACCCCGCACCGCGCGCGUACUUCGCGGCAAAGUCCAUCCGCCCGACGGUGGGGGUGAAUCUCGCGCGCAUUCAGCAUCGCUUCUCCCCUUCCACGCCACCCUCGCACGGGGUUCCCAUGGAGCCCUCGCCUUCCACCCUCCCGAGCGAUUCCUCUUCCAACAUGACGGAGGUUUCCUCGUCGUCGCGGUUAUCCUCCUCGGCGGUGAUAACGCGCGGGGAGCCGAAGUCAGCCGCGCGGACGCGGCUUGCGUUUUGGGAUUUAGGCGGCCGCCCUUCGCUUCGGGUGUUGUGGGAGAACUACUACCCUUCUUGUCAGGCGGUGAUUUUCCUUUUUGACGGGGCCGCGUCGGGCGGAAAAGACGACGCGCGUUACCUUGCCAUCCACGAAACCCUUCGCGGGCUCCUCGCGCAUCCGGCGCUCCGCGGCGUUCCGCUUCUGUUGUUGAGUAAUAAAGCGGAUUUACCAACGCGGCUGCCGCUGCCGGUGUUGCAAGAGGCCAUCGGAUUGGUCGAGUUGGCCCUGCAAGACGUACUUUAUGACGUGAAAGCGGGGAAGUUAACGGGUGGGGGAAACGCGCGCGAGGCCGUCGUGGGGGAUUCCACGGAAGGCAUCGGCCGGAGCGGGUUCGGCCAGCGGAUGGUGAAGCUGAUGGAGGUGAGCGCUCUGGAUGGAAGCGGGGUGGCAGCCGCGAUGGAUUGGCUCGUCGCGCAGCUCACAACGUAG